AUGGUCGAAUUGAGCGACACCCCUGAGAAGCCCGCCGUGCGCAAGGUCGAAAAUGCAGUCAUUCCGCCACCAUACAGCACCGAUCUCAAGCAAAAGGAGCAAAUUGCAGACACCGAGUCAGGCAGCCUUGGCCCGGCGGCCUUUGAGGGUGUCGAUGAGAACGCAGUGCUCCGGAAGAUGGACAUUCGUUUAAUCCCAAUGCUAAGCGCCUUGUAUUUGCUUGCAUUCUUGGACCGAGGCAACAUCGGAAAUGCGAAGAUUGAGGGGUUGGUUGAGGAUCUCCAUAUGACUGGGCCACAGUACAACUGGACUUUGACUGUAUUCUUCUUCACCUACGCCGCUUUUGAGCUGCCGAGCAACCUUCUUCUGAAGAAAUUGAAGCCUUCGAGAUGGUUGCCCUUUAUUAUGAUUGCAUGGGGGAUUUGCAUGACCUUGAUGGGAGUUGUCAAAGGUUACGGUGGAUUGUUGGCCACUCGUAUCUGCUUGGGAAUUUCUGAAGCCGGUCUAUAUCCCGGUGUGGCAUACUAUAUCACCCUCUGGUAUCCGCGCCACAGAGCACAAUUUAGACAAGCGCUCUUCUUCAGCGCCGCAAGUGUUGCGGGAGCAUUUUCUGGGCUUUUGGCAUAUGGAAUUGCGAAAAUGGACGGCGUCGGCGGAUAUGCCGGCUGGAGAUGGAUUUUCAUCCUUGAAGGCCUAUUGACUGUUCUUGUGGCACUCAUCGCCCCAUUCGCAAUCCACGACUCCCCAGAGACAGCCAAGUUCUUGACUGAAGCGGAACGCCGUUUCGUUAUCCAUAGUUUACGGAUUCAGAACUCAGCGGAUUCCCACGAGACGGUUCAGCAGAAUGAGAAAUUCCAGAUUCGCUAUGUGAUCGACGCAUUGAGCGACUGGCAGAUCUGGCUGGGUAUACUCAUGUACUGGGGCAUCACUUGUCCUCUAUACGGAAUCUCCCUAUUCCUUCCUUCUAUUAUCAAGGACUUAGGGUACAAGUCAUCUACUGCACAGCUUCUCACUGUGCCAAUUUAUAUUACAGCUGCAGUUGUAGCCGUUGUCGCAGCAUGGAUCUCGGACAGACGAAAGCAGAGAUCACCUACUAUUCUAUUCUACAUGACUAUGAUAGCAGCGGGAUUCAUCAUCGUUCUCGCAUCUACAGGGCGUGGAGUUCCAGGAGUUGUCUACUUUGGUGUCUUCGUGGCGGUCCUCGGCAUCUACCCAGCCUUUCCUGGAAACGUUACCUGGUUGAGUGUCAACAUGGCGGGUGACUACAAGCGAGCUGCCGGUAUGGCUAUCCAUAUUGGCAUAGGAAAUCUCGCAGGAGCAAUGUCGUCCAAUUUCUACCGUUCCCAGGACGCACCUAAAUACAUUCUCGGCCACGCACUAGAACUUGCUUUUGUCGUUGUGGGCAUGUUGGCAGUAGUUGCUCUGCGCCUGUCUUAUCAACGCAUUAACCGCAAGCGAGAUGCUAUGGAUCCUUCUGAGUAUCCUGAAGAUCCAGACUCGCUGGGUGACCGGUCUCCUCUCUUCAGGUACAUGCUUUAG